CUCGCGUGCGUGUUUUGUCAAAUCUCAAGCGCUAUCUCAAGACAGGGAACCGCUUCUCGAACAUACAUCACUGUAUGCCCUCCUAAAGAACUAACUGGCACGUCCAGGGCGUGACCAGCUGCUGUAUUUGGAUUUGGCUCUACACCGACCUGACAGGCCUGACCAUGAAGCUAAUUUGCUUAAUCAUGCUUCAGCUCAUCCAAUCAAAUGUCAUCUUCAGCGUCCUCGUUGUCAAACUCGUCCUCAACCUCUAGUCAAUUGGAUGUAGACUCUACAGCAUCAUCUUCGGCGCGUUCAACUGUUUCUCUCAACGACUGCUCUUCCAACGAACUGCCUAUGUCUGGUUGUUUUGCAAGUUUUGUCGCCUUCGUAUCAAACCUCGAGCGGAGCUUGCAUACCGAAGAAGACCCGAUACUUCUAGACGUAGACUUCGAGUUCAGUCCGAAUCAGACGAUCAUUACCUCUUCCGCAACUUGUUUUGUAGAGAAGGCAGGCUGGAAUCAUAGUAGCUUCAAGGGUAAACAUAAGGGACGAUGGAGCAAAUUCAUCGCGCUCAAAUAUACUUGUCAUGACACAGACGCUGCUCGUACUGCGGUCAGUUGGAAACAGCUUUUAACUGAGGUCCGAGUGCUCCUCCAUGAACCCGUCCGCUACCACCCGAACAUUGUUCGACUACUAGGGAUUAGCUGGGGGGCAGUAGACGAAAUGCGAUCCAACUUCCCAGCAUUGGUCCUUGAGUACUCUGAUUUGGGGACACUCGCACAAUUUCAAUCGAACUCAAUCGGGACUCUCUCUUUUGAUGUCAAGAAAAAAUUAUGCUGGGACGUCGCGAAAGGGAUAUCCAUCCUCCACGCCUGCAGCGUCAUUCAUGGUGAUCUGAAGCAUGAAAAUGUCCUCAUCUAUCCCAAUCGUGAUCCUCAUGCUUCGGUCAAGCACGUUGCCAAAAUUUCCGAGUUUCGCGGGUCUUUGAUGGAUAUAGGUGUCGCCGACUCACGAUUGCUUUCCGCACCCGCUGGACCAUGGUCGGCUCCCGAACUAUACUCCAAUACCGUUAUGCCGGAGGAGAUGUUGAAACUUACGGAUGUGUACGCUUUCGGUCUUCUGGUGUGGAGGACGAUUAUGAACGGUAAAAAUCCAUACCAGCUUUCCCAAUCGAAUGCAGAACCUAUGUCCGAGUCACAAAUCUUCGAACUCAAGCGCUCAAACGAACUGCUAGCUAUAGCGAAGGAAAACAUACUACACUGUGAACCGAGCCCCAACUCUGUUGAAAUUCUGCAUUGUGUGUUUGAAAAUACCAUUCAAUCCAACCCGUCUUCGAGGAACCUUGUUCGUGCAAUCGCCGCGUUACAAGUAAAUAAUGCUUCUGAAAUAGAGGAUCUAUUACAAAAGGGGGCCAAAAAGAAUGAAGAAUAUGAUGAGUAUCUUGUGAAUAAAGUCCCUGGAACACACGGAGUGACAUUAGAUUCCCUCGGCGUUUAUUUGGCAGCAUCGAAUGCGAAUACAGGAGAUUACGAUUAUCAAAGCGCAGGACGAGGCUUUCGCACCAUUCGCCCUCCACCUCUGGGAAAGUUUGUAUUUGAGCCUUCUCGCCUCAAAACAGUCUUGGAUUGGGAGAGACAAACUACCAUCCUUCGUGAAUUGGAAGCAGUCGCUUCCGUUGAACCUCAAAGUUCCAACAAGCCCUCCACGCCCACACAAAUCAACUCCGCCAUUGCAGCAUUCUAUGCUUUCCAAUGCCAAUGCCACGAAUUUGGAACCAAGUUGAGCAGCGCGAAAGCCUGUCACUGGCUUAAAUUGGCCGCUUCCAGCGAAGAAUGCGAAGAAGCUAAUCUCGCGCGCGCUUGGUGCUGGAGAUUCCACAUUACUUACAAUGUCCUUCUGGAUGUGGACCCCCUCAAAUUGCUAGAUUGGAUACGGUGGUCAAUCAUCAACGGGCACCGGAAAUGUAUUACAGAAUCUGAGUCGCUCGUUCAGCUUAUGAUACCGGAAUCCGAAUCGCGCUCCUUCUGGGAGCAAGCGUUCAUCAAUGCGCGCGACAUCCUAUUUACUGGUAGUGGCGGUGUCGGAAUGUCAUUUUUCCUUCCCCUCGCGUUGCGAAGAACCUAUCAUAUGGAAGAUACGCAGGCGCUACAGCGAGAUAUCCAAGAGGAGCUCGCUUUUCGUGGAGUUAAGUCUAUUGAUGAAAUUUAUGUCAAUAGUCGAGGAGAUGGCUUGCUUCAUAUGGCCGCAGGUCUGGGACGCCUGGAUACACUGAAGUACCUAGUCGAAACAUAUCAUCUGAACAUCAAUAAACCAAACACAUCUCGUCAAGAAACUCCCUUGAUUUUUGCUUGUCGAGGAGGACACCUCGCUUGUGCACUGUACCUCCUCGACCUCGGCGCAGCACCUGGAGGAGACGUUCAUAGCCUAGAGAGACCACUAUGGUGGCUAUCUUCUUUCAGACCACAUGAAAUCCCAAUAAUUGCCGCUCGCCUUGUCCAAGCCGGUGAAAGUCUAACAUCCCCCCGAUACCCAAGCUUUGCCUCAGUGCGGGGAGAUUUACGAAAGAAAUAUGUCUUAUCAGACUAUGAGAAUUUUCUGCUCCUUCCUGCUUCUCCGUUGUCUAGAGCGGUUAUGAUGGAAAGUUUGCCCGCUGUGAUAGCUCUCUUGGCUCUUGGAGCUGAUCCCUUGGAAGGAUUGCGUGAGAAUUUGAACCCGGAAACUGGUCUUUCAGUGUGUCCGGUUGUUGUUGCAGCGGUUUUGACACUUCCGGAUAUACUUAAAGCAUUGCUUGAUCAUGUCGACGCAGGGCAUGAUAAACCAAUUCGGCUUUUCUCAGAAAUCGAGAUGCUGGAGAUGGCGCUAGAUUGUCGAGUUACCAUAGGAGAUCCAACCUCUGUGGAUCGUCGAGCCUCGCGGCUUGGGCCGAUGUACAAGGUGGCAUUGACCUCGACUUUGCGGAUGCUCCACGAAAGGGAAAAGUUGUUCAAGGAGGGAGAUAAAGAAGCAAAGGUAGAUUCCGCGGCAAGAGCUUCAGCUAUCAUGCUAUCACGACUUGCCUCUCUUGGCCGGUUCAACAUUAUCAGGAAUCUACUUGAGCUAGGGCACUCCGCAAAGGGAUACGCGGAUGUUUUCCCAAUUGUUUCCGCAGUCGAGGAAAACCGUGGGUCCAUUUUUCGACUUUUCGUUGAUCACGGAGCAGAUCCUCUCGCAGUAUAUGACUUUCCAUCUCAGAAGAGAAAACGAACACUCCUUCAGAUUGUCGCUGAACGGCCUCGUCAUGCUCGAGCAGGCAUUGAUAUAGCUCAAGCCCUUCUCGAGAAAGGCGUUCCAGUCGAUUUUGUCUUUUCGGAUGAUUCGAUUGUAUCUAGACCGGCUUUUGCCUCUGCCGUUCGAAGACAGGAUUUCGAGUUAGCAGAUCUGUGCCUCAACUAUGGUGCAAAUUUGGAUCUCACAUACGUUCACCAGGCCAAGUCACCAAAGAGUACUGUAUUCGGUGAAAUGGCGCGUUAUCCUACGGAGAGGAACCUAGUUUCGUUGGAGUAUCUCCUUAGACAGGAAAAGUUACCAUCUUUCACUGUCGUGCCCACUACUGGUGAGACUGUGUUACACCGGCUUUUGCUCUUUUGGGCUACGACGCAUCAGCAAAGACGAAUUCUUGAACAGAUGAUUCGAAGAGUCUUGAAGAAUGAUAUCCAUUCCUCCGAGAAUAUACUCAAAAAGGAGGCCAUUGGGAUUCCCUUUGAUGUAGCAUUAUCGGGAAAUAUCGAGGUCUUCACAGCACUUUUGGAUUGCGUGCCUAGCCUUUCGCAGAAUCCAAUUUUAUAUUUUGAGUAUGGAGGGAUAAAGCUUGUAAUGUUGUUGAGGGCUAUCAUAGCGAAGUUCCCCCAACUUCCGGAGCGCAUCUCGAUCAUGAAUACAAUGUUGGGAAUUGUCAGUAACAAGAAUAUGGAAAUGGAAUUAAUGGAGAGAUAUAGAUUAGUUCUGUACCGGUUGGAAGCGAUACAGUAG